AUGCAGAGUCUUUUGCGCGGUCCGACGCGCGUGUUUGGGCAACAUAUACGCAUGCUAACUACGAUUCCAAAACUUGAUCCAGUGCGUGUGCGGAGAAGCCUGCUGUAUGUACCAGGGAGCUCGGAGAAAAUGGUGAUCAAGAGCAAGCACUUGCACCCGGAUACGCUGGUGUUUGACCUAGAAGAUAGCGUUGCUGGCCAUCGUAAAAGCGCCGCUCGUCGUAUAGUAUUCCAGGCGCUUCAAGAUGCUCCGGAACGCAGUCCGGAGCUGUGCGUACGUAUUAAUCCCCCGUCCGAGGACCAGUCGCUCGCGGCGUCAGACCUGGACGUGAUUAUGCAAAGCGGCCGCCUGCAGGCAAUCCUCAUCCCCAAAGUCGAGAGUGCCGAGGAUGUUGUGUUUGUGGUAAACAAAAUUUCCGAGUCAAAGCCAGCGUAUGUACCGCCGUUGGCUGUGAUAGUAUCGGUCGAGAGCGCACAUUCGCUGUGCAACUUGCCAGAAAUUAUUGCAGCGUCGCAAAAACAUAUCGAGACGCACCUCUCAGACGGAAUAGUCAAGAUUGCAGCUGUUCUCUUCGCCAGCGAGGAUUAUUGUGCGACGACUGGUGUGAAGCGAACGCUGAGUCGCAAAGGAUUGUGGUACCCACGCGCAGCUAUGGUGACUACUGCAAAGGGCAUGGGCCUGGAAGCAAUUGACAUGGUAUGCAUUGACUACAAGAAGCAAGAGUAUCUUCUUGAGGAGUGCGAGGAAGGCGCAGAGUUCGGAUUCGACGGAAAGCAGGCCAUACAUCCAGCACAAAUCGCCACAAUUAACGCAGUGUUUUCCCCCACAAAGCAAGGUAUGCGGAAGGAUGCGCUUACUGUAGAAAUCGAACAGGCCAAGGCAAUCCAUUUGGCAUACACCGAGGCUGUGGAACACCAAAACAAGGGCGCUACAACUCUCACGCAUGAAAACCGCGAAAUUAUGAUCGAUGCACCAAUGGUGCAGCAGGCAAGAAGAACGUUGCUUCGUGCCAAGAUUGAGGUAUAA